UCCUUUCUUUUCUGUUACUUUAUAAACUAGAGUACAAAUCAGAAGGAUAUAAUAUUUUAAAGUUCAUUUAUAAUUCAAUUUUAAUUUUAUGGAUUUGUGCGUAAUUUUAUGGUAUUGUUUUAUGGGUGAGAUUCAGAUUCAUCUAACCUCACGAUGGUUUUUAGAAUAUCAUUAGUAAUAUAGAAGAAAACAUUUUAUCAUAAAUUGUUAACCUUCAAAUAUUUUAAUUGUUUUCCUUCUUCCGAUGUCUAGCUAAUUAUUGUACAUAAAUGUAAGUCAAAAUGCUUAGCCAAAGAUUUGCAACAAAAUACGUCAUAAAACAAUUCGGAAAAUUAAUUUCCUCUUUUUCAACUCAAAUGAAAAUUGAUAACAUAUUAACUACACAUUUAAAACUCGAUGAUAAUACUAUUGAAAAACUUUAUGAAGACGGAAAGGAGAGUAAAAUUAUGAAAAUAUCGAAAAUCAGACUUAUUCGGAAUUGUAUAACAUUGCACAAUUUGAAUGUAAGAUUAGAGAAGAACGAAUAUUUGCUACAAUGCUUAAUGCUCAACCCUAAAAUCUUGAAGAAUAGAAUUCUUGUGCUUAAAGAAAUGGGCAUAGACUCUGUAGAUUUAUCUCAUAUUAAACGGUUUCCAAUAUUAAUGCGAAAAUCUGUAUGCCAGUUCAAAAAGAUACAUGGCAUUUCAUCUAGUCAAAGUAUUAUGAAAACUGUAUUUUCUAAUAUAGGCAUGAAAGUUAAUAUGUCUGAUCAAGAAAUGUUAAAAAAAGAGAUUCAUGUGCGAAUUGGUAAUUAUUAUCAAUUGUGUGUGAUGUACCAUAAAACAUAUAAUAUGAAAUUGCAUGAUGAAUUGUUUUAUAAAAACAAGAAAAUGAAAUAUUUAAGCCUUGCGGAAAUGUGCAGAAUGCUAGAUGUGUUGAAAAAUAAAUGUCAGUUUGAUGAAGAAUUUUUAAAACAACACCAUUACCUUCUAAAUGUGGAUAUUGACAGCGUUGAACAAUUUUUAGAUGAAUUUAAAUACAUAAAAAUAAAUAAUAAAGAUAUAAUUGAAAUAAUAAGAAUUUAUCCCCGACUCCUGUUUCGUGAUACAAGUAAAGUAAAAGAAUUAUUACAAACUUUCCAGAACUUAGAAAUACCAGAUGAAUCUCUAUAUUCUAUAAUGAAAGGUUUGCGAUUGACCAAAGACACGAUCUUAAAACGGUAUAUGUCUAUUGAAAAUAACUUAGAGUUAGCUAUAUGGUUGAAGCAUCCACGAAUCUUGUUUAUGAUUUAUUUCUACAAAGUGGUCAUAGAUCGUUUAACAUAUAUGAAACGUUUAAAUUCUGUGAACAAUGCAAAUAUUCACACAUAUCUAGCAGAUAAGAAAUUCUUUUCGAGAUUUGUGGAAGGAGAUAUUUCUUUUACAGCAACAGGAAGACAUUUAACAUAUAUUUUGAGGAAAGAACUAGGACAUGAUAAGACUCAUGUUAUGUCUUCUAUUCGAAAACAUGUUCAUUGGAGAUGUGUUCCACUGCUGCGCAUCGAUGAAACGAUACGAUAUUUGAAGAAACAUUUCUCAAUAGAUGAUAUAUGUAAAAAUAUUCACAUUAUACUUUAUCCAAUGUUGGCAAUUAAUAAUACAUUAAAUUUGCUGUACAAAGAAUAUUCCUCACAAGGUGAAGAUAAUUAUACUCCUGCACAAUAUUUGGCAUUAUGCUUGUACAAGUUAGAACAAAAACAUCAUUUCAACGGGGACGGAGUGUGGCAAACCGAAAUGUCAGUUUUCAAACCAAAUUUUUUGGAAGAUAUAUAUGAGCUUGAUAAUCUUGUUGACUGUAUAAAUGAUGAUUGCAACGAAGUGAUCAAUUUAAGUGGAGCAGCAUGGCUUGAACAUUUACUACAAUAAUACUAAGUGCAUGUGAAAGAUAUGUAAAGGGCUUCAUAGAGCGUAAUAAUUAAAUAUUUCUAGAAAUAUGAGUAAUGUAAAAUCUGUUAAUAGCCAAAAUUAGAAACUAACUCUUUGGUUCAACAAUUUUAUAUGCAAUAGUAUCAUAAGGAUUUUACAAGAUUACUGACGUUGUCUAAACAAUGUAGUAUAUAUUUUUUUAUCCAAAAUACAUUUUAAUUGAAUCAUAA